GGGAGCCCCCAGCCGCGGGUCCGCAGCCGCCAGCCCGGCGCCGGGCGCCGCCGCCGUCAUGCCGGGACACGGCCCCCCUGCUCCGCUGCUGCUGCCGAGGAAGGUGACCUGCUGCCCUGCUGUGUGCUGACAUGAUGACAGCAAGCAAGGCCGCCGAUGUGAGCAGCAAGUCUGGAGGUGCUGUCUGCAAGUCUGUUGAGAGGACCAAGCUUGCAGAUAAAAACAAUACAGCAGCUGUGAAGGAAUUAGAAAAACCUUUGUGUGGAUUUUUGAGUGAGAAAUGUUCUGAAGGUUCCUCUGUUGCCCUAGGUUUAACACCUGGAGCUGAACCAGUUUCUUCUGUGGUGAAGAACCCAUUGGGAGCCUUGGAGAACUUGAUGCUGGAUCCAAGGCUUGACUGCUUUCAGCAGAACAUGCUUAGUCCUAAAAUGAUCAUCAGUGACCCAUCUGUGGAUCUGAAUGUCAAAGAAAACAAUAAAAUCAUCAGGAGACAGAUAGGAGGCACUCAGAAUAUACGGUCACCUGGAAAACUUGGCUUGAGGAAUAAGUCCUUCAGCAUCAAGGACAAAAUUUCAGAAUGGGAAGGGAAAAAGGAAACGCAGUCUGCUCCUCGCAGAGAGGAGGAACCAGGAGUUAAAGAGGAGCACAAGCUGCCUUGUGGAACUGAGAAGAUGAGUGGGGAAGCACUGGUGACUCGGAAAACGGAGACAAAGAGACUUAUGAGCUGGGAACUGGAGUGCAAAGGGGCAGGCAAAGAGAAUGAGCGGAAAGCGGGAACUCAGAAAGGCACAGGGCAAGCAGCAGAGCGAAAAGGAGAAACGCAGAAGGAUGAGGAAAUGGAGUUCAGCCCUGGAAAAUGCAAAGAGGUGAAAGGUGGGAAGUGGGAGGUCCAGAAGGAGAAUCUUUCAGUGCUUAGUCAGGUCAAGAAGCUAGAGCAGGCUAUGAAAGAUGGCUCAGCAGAGCUGCAGCCACAGUUGCCGGGUACUUACUAUUCCCCACAGUGCUUGCAGGAGAAGGUGGCACAAGGGCACACCGCUCCCGAGGGCCACGAGGGCAUAUGUGGGGCUGAGCUCAACAAAAGGCUUCUUGGUAUGGACUCUGAAGUCAGUGAGCCAAUCUUUGGGACUCUAGAGGAGAUAAGAACUUCUCAUGUGAAAUCCAAGCACUGCACAGUGGAGAAUGUGUACACGGAGCCGGGGGUGCCAGAGAAGAAGCCCUUCAUCAACCCACUGCCCAAGCCCCGGCGGACUUUCAAACAUGAGGGGGAGGAGGACUGGGUGCCAGCAGCUAGGAAUAAAAGAAACUUGCCCCCUCUGCCAUCCAUUCCUCCCCCUCCUCUGCCCUCCUCUCCUCCUCCAUCAGCUGUCAGCAGGAGGCUCUGGAGCGGGAAGCACAAGAACAACGCUGACCACAGGAAAUCGUAUGAGUUUGAAGACUUGCUGCAGUCGUCAUCCGAGCACGGCCGCGUGGAUUGGUACGCGCAGACCAAGCUGGCCCUCACACGCACUUUAUCUGAGGAGAACGUCUAUGAAGACAUCCUGGAUCCACCAUCAAAGGAAAACCCUUAUGAAGACAUUGAGACCAACAGCCGCUGUUUGGGGAAGAAAUGUGUCCUGACCUUCCCAGCAUCCCCCACCUCCUCUGUACCGGGGACUCCCACAAAGCUGCUUUCCAAACCCAUGUUUUUCCGGCAAAACUCAGAGCGGCGGAGUUUCAAACUGCCAGACAUACGGAAACUGAGCCGUGAUGGGACUGGGUCACCAUCCAGAAUCAGCCCUCCCUCGACCCCCAGCAGUCCAGAUGACACCUUCUUCUCCUUGGGAGACUCUCAGAAUGGCAAGAGGAGAAGGAAGAUUCCCAAGCUUGUGUUGAAAAUCAAUGCCAUUUACGAGGCACGGAGGGGAAAGAAACGUGUCAAGAGACUGUCACAGUCUACAGAGAGCAAUUCAGGGAAAGUUACAGAUGAAAACAGUGAAUCAGACAGUGACACUGAAGAGAAGCUGAAAGCUCACAGCCAGCGCCUGGUGCACGUGAAAUCCCGGCUGAAGCAAGCCCCGCGGUACCAGACCUUGGAGCGGGACCUGAUCGAGUACCAGGAGAGGCAGCUCUUUGAGUACUUUGUUGUGGUGUCGCUGCACAAGAAGCAGGCUGGGGCUGCCUACAUCCCUGAGGUCACCCAGCAGUUCCCACUGAAGCUUGAGCGCUCGUUCAAAUUCAUGCGUGAGGCAGAAGAUCAGUUGAAAGCUAUUCCCCAGUUUUGCUUCCCUGAUGCAAAAGACUGGGCCCCCAUCCAUCAGUUUGCCAGUGAGACAUUCUCAUUUGUCCUGACGGGGGAAGAUGGAAGCAGGAGAUUUGGGUAUUGUAGGAGGCUGCUGCCCAGUGGAAAAGGGAAGCGUCUCCCAGAAGUUUACUGCAUUGUGAGUCGCCUUGGAUGCUUCAAUCUGUUCUCUAAGCAGAACUCCCAGAAUGCAAGAGAGGUUAAAAGGUGGAGUCCUGACUCUGAGUGUAGUGGGGAGUUUGCAAAUUUUCAGCUUUACAGUGAGCUCAGUGGAGCCACACUUCCCCUGAUCUUGGAUGAGGUUGAGAAGAGACGGGGCAUUUCCCCAGCCCUGGUGCAGCCUCUCAUGAGGAGUGUCAUGGAGGCACCUUUCCCAGCUCUGGGCAGGACAAUUACAGUCAAGAACUUCUUGCCAGGCUCAGGAACAGAGGUCAUCGAGCUGCGGCGGCCGCUUGACUCCAGGCUGGAGCAUGUUGAUUUCGAGUCCUUGUUCACCUCCCUCAGUGUGCGGCACCUGAGCAGAGUCUUUGCCUCCUUGCUGCUGGAAAGGAGGGUGAUCUUUAUUGCAGACAAGCUCAGCACUCUCUCCAAGUGUUGCCACGCCACAGUGGCCCUACUGUACCCCUUCACCUGGCAGCACACCUACAUCCCCGUGCUGCCACCUUCCAUGAUCGACAUCGUGUGCUCGCCCACCCCCUUCCUCAUCGGCCUGCUCUCCAGCUCCCUGCCCCGCCUGAAGGAGCUGCCUGUGGAGGAGGUCCUCGUCGUUGACCUUGUAAAUAAUCGGUUUCUGAGACAGAUGGAAGAUGAGGACUCCAUCCUGCCCCGCAAGCUGCAGGCUGCCCUAGAGCACAUUUUGGAGCAGAGGAAUGAGCUGGCAAGUGACAAGGAGGAGGGCCCUGUCAAUGGCAAGCAGGAAACCAGCCCUUUGAACGAGGUGGUGUCUGAGGCCUUUGUCCGUUUCUUUGUGGAGAUUGUGGGCCACUAUUCCCUCUUCCUGACCCCCGCGGAGCGAGAGGAGCGGACCCUGCAGCGUGAGGCUUUCCGCAAAUCCGUCUCUUCCAAGAGCCUCCGACGCUUCCUGGAGGUCUUCAUGGAGACACAGAUGUUUGGGGGCUUCAUUCAGGAGCGGGAGCUGCGGAAGCAGGGGGUCAGAGGUCUGUUUGAGGUACGGGCUCAGGAGUACCUGGAAACACUUCCCAGUGGGGAGCAGAGUGGAGUCAAUAGGUUCCUGAAAGGCCUAGGCAGCAAAAUGAAAUUCCUCCACAAAAAGUAAGAGCGAAGCACAUCCUCAUUCCACAGAAGAGAAUGGCUUUACCAUUUAGCAGCAAUAAAUCAGACUUAUCACCCAUUCCCAUUCAGCCUGCUCCCAGGAGCCAGCAGCCUUGGGCACGCUGGCCACGGCCAGGACGUGCUGCACAGACCUGCGGUGCUGCAGGAAGAUGGGAUGGCUGCAGGGCUGCCAGGACAGGUUUCUGGAUGUCUACAGUAGCAAGCACUGGACCAAGAACUCCCUCUGAACUCUGCACUAGCACGUUGCAGGCAUCCCGGUGGAUCGGAUCUCUUAGCUAGUCAAUUCUUUAUUUGGUUGUAUUUUUCUAUUUAUAUUGAGGUUAGAACAGUUAUUAACCAAUGACUCCUGCCCUGCCUCCUCUCUGCCUGGUGCUGCAGGAGGCCCAAGCGGGACUCCCAUGGGACUGAGCAGGCAAAGCUCAGGCCUGGAGGGGAAGAACAGAGAUGUGUGAAGGCAGGUCUCUGUUAAGCAAGGACACUGAGGGCUGCAGGGAUGGUAUGGACUAACCAGGAGCUUCCAAGCAAGGGAAAAGGGUGAGGGGGAACCACUAAACCUACUGAGGACUUGAUGGGCCAGCCAGCUCCCUGGAUGGCUGUACCAGGGAGUCCUGGCACGAGGAAAGGCCUUUCCUCACGCAGUGUAAUUAAAAGCGAGUUGUGUAAAAGGCA